AUGUCACCACGCGGCUGGGCCAAAGGAUUUGCCGGUGUCUUGCAUCAGUAUUCCGAAGGUCUAGUAGCAUUCGAGUUCACGACCGGCGCCGUUCCUAAGCCAAACACGCUCAUAUUCGUCGGAGGACUCGGGGAUGGGCUCGGUAGUACUGCGUACAUUCCAGAUCUGGCCAAAUCGCUAGAGAAGAGUUCGUGGUCCCUCCUCCAACCUAUUCUUUCGUCCUCAUAUACGGGCUGGGGCGUGGAAAGUUUAGGCCAAGACGUUACCGAGAUCGCGGAAUGCAUUCGAUACAUAAAAUCACACAAAGAAAAUGGGAAAAUCGCGAUCAUGGGCCAUAGCACCGGAAGCCAAGAUGUCCUACAUUAUCUUUACUCGUCAGCAGACAGCGCCGAUGAUGCCGGCCAAACCUCUGUCCGCCCUGUUGUCGAGGGUGCAAUUUUACAAGCGGCGGUCUCAGAUCGAGAAGCCAUGCGGAAUGUUCUCGAGGAAGGCUCAAGCCGCCAAAAACCCGAAGAAGCACAGAGAACCUUUGCGACCCUCCUUGAUCUCGCACGGAAAUCGGCCUCGGACAAAUCUGACUUCGAUGUCCUUCUUCCCUUGAAACACACGGCAGCGCUUGGAUACGGUAACGAGACGGCUGUUAGCGGGCGCAGGUUCCUCAGUCUCAUUAGCCCUGACAGUCCCUCUACGCCUGCCGAGGAUGACUUGUUCAGUUCCGAUCUGGAAUUCGACAAGACUUUUGGCACGGUCAAAAGCAAUGGUCUCCUACGCGGUACCUUGCUCGUCCUUCUCUCAGGCGAAGAUGGGUCGUAUCCAGAGGAUGUCGACAAAGAAGCUCUUCUGCGGAAGUGGAAGCACGCCGCUAAUUGCGGUGACAAGCAUCGUAUAUGGAACGAUGAGUUCAGUGGUGUAAUCCCUGGAGCAUCUCACGGCCUCAGCGGAAGAGACGAAGAGCUGCCUCGGCAAGACCUCACGAGACGAAUCGCAGGAUAUUUAGCGACACUGUAA